AUGACCUUUUUAUUGUGCAUUCUAUUGAUUUUCGGAGUGAUAAAUGGAGGAGCAGACGCAUCUGUAAUUUGUUACGAAUGUCAUGCGAACUCGACGGAACAAGGCAAAUAUUGCUCGAUUGAUAAGUUGUGUGAAGGCACUUCCUGCUAUUUUCAACUAAACAAAGACAACAGUUGGUCUGCCGGAUGCUCCACCAUCCAAUCUGCUAAUACCAAUGUGACAUGCUCUUCAUCAUCCUCCUCUAGCUCUACAGUAUCAUCAAGUUGUUCUUGUAACUCUGAUUUCUGUAAUUCAUUGGCAAGAUCAAAAGAUGCAUUGGUGACAAGAAGUGGUGGAAGGGGUAAUGGAUGGUGGGGUGGUGGAAGAGGCAUCGAGGAGAAAUCCUCCAAUAUCACACUAACCCUUCCGGAUCGUAACUUCGUCCACUGUGAGGAGUGUGGAAGUGUGACUGUCGGCAGUCAGACUAUUCAAAUUCCAUGUGAUCACAAUCACACGUGUCAAGGCAAUUAUUGUGUUUCAGUCCGUGGCCAAUCACCGUUUUCGUAUUGCGGAGGAGUCUGGGAUGUGGAGAAGGCGCCCGGUUGCUACUUCGACGAGAAUGCCCUUGAGUCCUGUCUUUGCUCCAUGAAUAUGUGUAAUGCACUUCUCGAACCAGCUCCAAUAUGGACAACAACUGCAUUGUCUGAUCCAACCCUGGCUACCCUGGUACCAAUUGCACUGGGUGAGGAGAAUCCACCGACUCCAGCAAUUGUUAUUCCAGAGCCGACAACUGUCAAGCCUACCACUAAGAGAAAGUGUAAAAACGCGAAGUUGUCACCAAAUGACCAAGCAGUGUUUAUGGGGGAGAAAUUGAAGAAUGUGAUUAUGGGAGGAUUCGGAUCGGAUGAUGGAGCUGUUCAGAACUUCGAGGACGACAUCAAUGCCCAUAUCUGUAACUACUCGGAGGAUGAAUGA